AUGAGCAACUCAACGAACGAAAUCGUUGCCAUCCAGCAGCCGGCGACGAAACCGGAAAUCAUCACGGUGCACUCCACGGCUCAAAUGACCUCCCCGGACUACAAUACCAAUGACUACGAGACGGGUGACUUUGAUGAAGUGCUGGCUGUUGCAGAGCCGCUGAAGGAGGUGCAGAACCUCUUGCCCACCUCGAAAUCGCAUCGGAACUCACCAAAAAAGUCAAUGCGGACUUUCCUGCAGACCGUGCCGCACCUCUUCACCCUCACGCUCGAGGAGAUAACCAGCCUUGACGUCAUGGUGCGCGAGUACAGCGAGAUGGAUGUCAUUAUUGAGGAAGGGGCGUAUCUGGAGCACAUUUACGUGCUCGCCUCCGGCACGGUGGAGGUGAUGAACUCCAAGAAAGGACUGAAGCGCGCGUUUGGCCACCGGCGCAUCGGCAGCAUGGUAGCACCAAGUGUGUUCGGCAUCGACGACGCCAUCCUCGAGAGCGCUGUUGAGUUUACCUACCACGCCAGCUCCAACGCGACGCUGCUGCUCAUCCCGCGCAAGCAGGUCAUGGACCUGUUCACGCGCUCUCCUAUCUUUGCCAACAACGUCUCCAGUCAGAUCCUGCGUACGCUUCCCUCCUUCUCGGUGUUUGAGGAGUUCUGCCGUACCGUGUUUGGCAUCUCAUCCUCCUCGGCCUCCGACGCUCAAGAAAAGAGGAACGGCUAUCGUUUGUCGCUACCCACCCUCAUCCGCCUGUUCCAGUCCAGCGGCACUCUUCUUCACAAGAACGGCAACACGAACGAGAUUGACUAUGAGGCGUUGCGGUAUUGCACCCACCGCCUGCCUGCGAACAUCAGUAUCACCUACAUCAUCAUCCUCACCCAAGGAAUUCCAGACUACCUGUCCGACGGGUUCCUUGCCGACGCUGCGCACGCGCACGCCGGCGAAGAACCGUUUAUCGCUGCCGUCGACACCGGGAAGCGGCGCCGGUGCGCGUGGACAUUCGGCGGAGGAGGACAGACGCUUGUACUUAUGCGUGACGGCUACACCGACACAAUCGACUUUGUGUCGAACUUGUGCAUUUUCUGCAUUGAGGCCAAGAAGUUGCGAGCACGACUGCAGCAGCUCGUGUCGCCGUCGGCGGCCGAGGUGCUGCGAAACGCCCUCGCGCCGGCCGAGAGCAGCCUCAACGCCCAGGCGCGGAUAAAGGAGGUUUUCGCGUCGCUACCGUUUUCGGAUGACGAGGUACAAGGUUUGCAGAACGUCUGGGGCGAGGAGACGCUGCAGCACCUGUACAAUGUCGUGGUGCAUAGGGAGGAGUAUGUGGUGCAGGUCCAGAAUGCCACUAGCAAGGUGUUUACUGAAGAUCCGUACGUCAACUGGGCCCUCACCAUCCUUCGCCACAUCAAGAGGCGCCUCUGUGUCUCUGAGCUAGAGCCACUGCCGGAGGACAUUAUCAUCGACAUCCUCUUCUCUCCAAAUCAGACGCUGAGGAAUCUUUUCUGCUGCAUGCUGGCGGACACCAAGACACUCAUUGACAGCAUUUCGGAAGAAGCUGGGAUCGGAAAGGGCGAGCGGGCGGAGAGUUGGAAGAACGUGAACGACCGCUACUACUACGUCUUGACAGGUAUGCUGGAACGAGAUAAGACGAUUCGCGACGCGUACCGGUCACAGCUGGAGUCGAAUGGCUUCACGCUUAUGGAGGAUGGGCACGCGUCGGCGCUGAUUGUCGACCUGAUCGACGUCAGCAGUAUAUCGCCGGAUGACACGGACCCAGAGCUGCGUCCAUACAUCGCGCAGGCGUGCAAGAAUAGCCGGGAGAGAAAGCGUCACUUUAUCAUCAACGUGGACAAGACCUUUGGCGCUCAAAUCGAGGCAGUCCUGCGCUGUUUUCUUCUCACCUUCGGCACUCGCGUCCAGAGCGUGAACCUCUGCGGCAAGGCGGCUGGCCUCUGCGGCAACCGCGGCGACGUCGUUCUCCCGAGGAAGCUCAUCUUCUCCAAGCAAACCUUCGGCGAAGACUCCACCGAUGAGAUUCGCCUGUGCAACCGCAAUGGAUUCCACCGAGAGGACAUUACACCACUUCUCGGCAAGUCGUGCUCGGCAGCGGUGCAUCAUGGCACGUGUAUCACCCUCCCUGGCUUCAUGCUUCAUAGCCAGCCGGUGCUUAAGUUCUACAAGACAGUGCACGGCUGCACUGCGAUUGACAUGCAGAGCAGCUACGUCGCACGCCAGUUGGAAGAGUGUCGCCGCACCGGGGUGGUCCGCCAGGCAAUUCCCAGUCGCUACCUUUUCUACUGCGACAACAUGCCCCUUGGCAAUGAGAACGGCUCGCCCAUUAAGCCGCAAAAGAAGGAGAUGACUUCCACCUUCUACGCCACCGCUCGCGCCAUCCUGCGCAAGAUUCUCGAGUCCUGA